AUGCCGAUAGACGCCGCUAGCGCGCCCACGGCGACGACAGUCCCGCCGUCCUCAAAACCACGACCAUCCGUCGAAAACCAAGAUGAAGUCACCGCGGAAGAGCUGCUGGACCAGGAAUUGAUCCAACGCGCGGGGUCGUUAACGCUGGACCCCGUCGCCAUGGCUGCCGCCGAAGAGCACUUGGACGUGGAAGAAUCGACCGCCGCGUUGUCCGCGUUGCUAGCUCUCGAAGACAACGAGCACUGCGCCGAUUGCCAGGCUCUCCAUCCCAAAUGGGCCAUCAUCACACACGGCGGGUUCAUCUGCACCCAGUGCGCGGGGGUGCAUCGUUCGUUGGGGGUGCACAUCUCGUUCGUCCUCAGUUGCACGUUGGAUAAGUGGACGCCGUUGCAGUUGGCAGCACUCGUCGCUGGCGGCAACACCAAACUCAACGAAUGCCUUGAGUUUUCCGUCCCUGAAUCCUUCCGCAAGCCCCACGCCGACGCCUUGCGCGAGGAUCGCGCCGCGUACAUCCACACCAAGUACGUCGAACAAGCGUUCCGGAUGGGCCCCAACAAACGGCGCCAGGAAGCCAUCCUCGCAUCCCCCUCGUCGACCCCCACCCACGCCCCCCGACAGGUCGCCGUGUCCUCGCACGGAUCGUGCGGUAUGGUGGAAUACGUGGGGAUUGUCACGAUUGAGCUGGUCGAGGGGUCGACGUUAGCAGCGAUGGACGUCAACGGCAGCUCGGACCCGUACGUGUCGUUCCGCCUCGGGGACCAAGUCGUGUCCAGCCACACCGUCAAACACUCGCUUAAUCCGGUGUGGAAGGAAACGCUGCGGCUGUCGUGGGACGGCGCGUCGCCCCUCGUCGUCCAAGUGUACAGCUACAACAAACUCCAACCUGACCGCAAGAUGGGCGUUGCCGUCGUCGACUGCGACCGACUGCAGCAGCUCGACAAGCCCCUCGACCUGUGGAUUCUCACCACCAUGCCCCGCGAGUGGCCCCAGAACUUUGGCGAUCACAUGGUCGCGGCAGGGGAGGGGUUCACCAAGGGAGUGGUAUCUGGAAUCACAGGCAUCGUGAUGGACCCUAUUCGAGGCGCCAAGCGGAAUGGAUGGGGCGGGUUUGCCAAAGGCGUGGGGCUCGGCAUGGCGGGCGCGGUGGUCCGCCCCAUCCAAGGCCUCGGGGCUAUGAUAAAGCAGACGGCGCUGGGGGUCCUCGGCAAGAAAGGGCGCGACCGCGUAUGGAAGCGGGGCGACAACGAAGUCAAUGCAGGAAGCAUCCACGUCAAAUUAGCGUUACAGACGUUUUAA